AUGUCGACAAUAAUAAAUACGUUCAAUAUUUGCAACAAAAUACCGGAUCAACUAAAACGGGACAUAAAACUAGUGCAUGUAUUUCACGACAUUAAAGGCCACAACAUAUUGUUCAUCACCGGUGAGGACCAGGUGUACGGACUGGGCAUCAACUACUGGGGCUCUUUAGGGUUGGGCCACAACGUGCCCAUCGAGUCACCGGAGCUGAUACACGAAUUAUGUCACCAGAAUAUCCAAGAAUUUGUAAUCGGGGUAACAUUUGUGUUAGCCUUAAAUAAUAACAACCAGGUCUAUGGUUGGGGUUGUAAUGAUUGCGGUCAGUUGGCCCGGGAGGCCACUCCACCCAGCGUAUACUUAAAGCCCGAACGCAUAGCGUUUUUCACCAACAACAAAUUUAUCACCCAGCUCAGUUGCAGCCAUAGCCACUCGCUGGCACUGGCAAGUGAUGGCGAUGUCUACUCGUGGGGUAAUAACCGCAGGGGUCAGGUCGGGUGCGGGGAACCGACGGGUGAUCCCGAAUGGGACCUCAUUUCGACACCCGUUAGAGUAAAGUUUACCAAUAAUUUUAAGAUCAAAAUGAAAGCCGUGUACUGCUCGGCCAUACACUCGUCGUUUGCCUUAACACUGGAUGGGUAUGUGUUUAGUUGGGGUAACAAUAGUUGCCAUCACUUGGGCCACGACUUACAAGACAAUGUGGCCAAACCCCAGAUCAUAACCAAUAUAUUUAAUAUACAGACGGUGUGUCCGUUCGGGAACCGCACCUAUUUUCUCACAAACGAGGGUUUAGUUAAGCCAAUGCCAAAAUCGGUUAGUCCACCAAAACCCGCCACCCGUAGGGUUAAGCCAAUAAAAGCUGUACAUUUUGUUGACACUAAGGCAACAGUGAUUGAGUCCAAAUCGCCUGUUAUUGAAAACAAAUCGCCAAUUAUUGAAAAUGUCACAAAUGAUAGUUAUUAUCAAAACACGUUUGAAGAGGUGUCGAGCGUAGGGUCGGGCGCUUUUGGCACAGUAUAUAAAGUGCAGCACCGCUACAAUCAGCGCCUCUACGCCAUCAAACAAAUCGUAUUAAACCAUUCAAACACCGAGCUAAAUGACCAGCUGUUAAACUCGACAAUAAACGAGCUAAAACUACGGUCAGAGUAUGUAAUACAGUACACAACGUCGUGGUUGGAGGAUAACCAGCGGCUGUACAUACAGAUGGAGUACUGUUCCCUAUCGCUCAGCGAUGUGCUGGCAGUGAAAGGCCCGGUGUUUGGCCGCCAAUCCAGCUCUAAACCCAUGUCCACAGCCGAGUACUACUUGUCGUGCGGUAUAUUUGCCGAUAUCCUGGAGUGUGUCCAGUAUUUGCAUUCAGUGUGGCCACAUGUCAUUCACCGUGGACUCAAACCGAGUAAUAUAUUUAUCGCGCAAAGCGGCGUUAAAAAGGGUCGUUACCUCAAACUGUCUGACUUUGGUUUGGCCAAUGUGUUUAGCGCCGGCACAUAUAUACCCCCAUAUACGGCGCAAACCGUAUCCGAUGUUCAAUACACGGCACCGGAGUUGGUCGGCCCGGACGGCGCUGUUAAUCAACGUAUGGCUAAUACAAAGUCAGAUGUGUAUAGUGUGGGUGUUAUCGCACAGCAAGUGUUUGAUAUUAAUAUUAAUGAAGAACUGUCCUAUAUGAAAUUGUUUUCAAUGUUUGCGGGUACGGUUACCCCGGACAGUGUGGGUCUGCACAAUCCGGCCCACAUCCGCAAGCUCAUUCAC